GAGCUGUCAGACCUGCUCUGCGCGUCACUGAAUGCUGAUCGGCUGAUCCCUCUCUGAGUGAUUUUGAUCCUUCUUUGUUUGUGAUGAAUAGUUAGUGCUUAUUGUCAUUAUGUGGAAUUUGAUACAUAAAUAUGAGAUGUUGGUGCUCAUAAUUUUUUUUUAUGUGGUUCUGAAUACGAUGAGAAUGUUUUAUGCUCCUCCUAUCAUGGAAUAUGAAACCAGCCGCCGAAUUAGUAAGCCUCUUAAUAUCAUCUCGACGAACGGUUAUGUUUAUCGUUAUCCAGAAAUCCCAGCUUACAGGCAAAAUGAAAUCGAAACAUAUAACAGAUUCGAUGAAGACAUCAAUGUUGAGAUAUGGGGAAAAGCUGCCAUAUCAAUGUAUUUAUGGGAGCAUAUUCUGAGAGGAAAAUUGAAACAAGAAAUGUUGAAGAUGAAGAAUAUUGGGUCGAUUAAGGCAAACGGCAUGACGAUCAACUACAAGCAUGGACCGUGGUACAUACAGACCACAGUUCCACGUAAUGUGCAGCAUCUCGUUCUUGUUUUGAACGGCAGAGCACCGCAGAAAGUUGUCCUUGCAAAACAAUGGUUGGACUACCUUCAUAACUUUAAGUAUUUGACUACAUUGAUCAUCGUGCUACAUGCAAAUGAGCAGUGUGACAACGAAUGGAUACUGCCAUACAUGAAAUCAAAUAAUGGUAAAAUAGAUGCUGUUUUCCUGACCUAUGACAGUACUCUGGUGGAUGAUAAGGAGUUUUUUCAAUGGCCGCUAGGUGUUGCAAGUUAUCGUGGCUUCGAAUUUUUGGCUACGGAAAAAGUCAACAUGAAGCGUGGACGCAACUACAUAUGCAACUUCAUUGGAACCAUGUAUGAAAAUUCAACCAGAACCAAACUGCAAGAAAUCGUUAAUUCUGUCGUCCCCGAUUAUAAAUGUCCAAUUAAGGGUAGAAAACACUGGACUCCCGAGGAAUCUCAAGGUUCUUCAGAUUAUUACAAGAAGGUUAUUCAUCAAUCAGAUACGACAUUGUGCCCGGUUGGUAUGAAUCCCGAAUGCUACAGAAUUUACGAAGCAUUAUCUCUUGGAAGUUUGCCUAUAGUCGAGGAUAAUACCACACCAGGGAACUGUGAUUCGAACCCACUUCGACUUCUGAAGAAACACAAUGCACCUUUCUUUUUCAUCAAAGAUUGGGGACUACUGCCAAGUAUUCUCGAAUCUGAAAUGAAUCUAACAGAGGAUGAGAAGGAGGAACGUCGGAGGACGGUUAUGAUAUGGUACAAGAAAUUCAAACAAGAAAUGAAAGAGACUUUCCUCUCUGUAUUGAAAUCGAAAAUUGAAGGAAACCUUAAGAUGAUCAGGAAGGAUGGUUUUUAGAAUGUAUUCUAUGAGACCCUGUAGUGAGUUUCACUUUACAAUGGCAGUAUUUAACAUUAAUGCUGCUAUCCUUGUCUAUCAUUCGACAAAGCAGAUAGCGCUAUCCUUUUUUACCUAUACAAUGUGGCCAGAUCGGUUUUAUAUAAUUAACGAAAUACUUAAUCUCAAUUACGAAAAUUCACUAUUUAAUCAUUGAAAAAUAUAUUACUUGACAAUUAAAAUGUAAUUAAUUUUUUCAACAAGAAUGAACAGUUAAUAUUACAUCAGAUAUACCAGCUAUCUUCUAUAGAAUGCAGUAGCAAGGCAGAGAUUCGGCAACCCUGUCAUCCUUUAUUUCUCUACUGCCAUUAUAACGUGGACCUCACUAUAGUUUAUUUAAAAAGAAAGCACUCAAUUUCUUGUGCAGACUCCCUGUGUUACAUAUUCACUGGCAAAUUUCAACAGACCUGUUACUUCUGUUUUUCUAGUAAAAGUAACCUGUCUUUUCAUUUUUUGUCAAAAUCUCUUUCUGUCACUUAUGAUUUAUUUUCAAAUUAUCACCUGAUAUUUUUUAUAAUAUUCGGUUAUUUUUUUAUAAUCGGCUAUCACUAUUGGAAACUGACAAGAGUUUCACAAUCUGGAUAGGAAAGUGAUUGUUCUCCAUAUGCUGAGUUUUCCAUUUGAAAUUGAAUUUUUGAAACAUGAUUUUCACCUUUUUCCACUUCUUCCCAAUCCUGGUCUUCCACUUUCUGAAUGAUUUCUUUUUUACUUCACUUCCUCUUUUUUCUUCUCCACUCUUCCUCAUUACUAUUCUACCCUUCUUUUUCCCUUUAAAGUUUCCUUCUUGCUCUUUUAUUUGAUGUUUCCACUCUUCAGUCUCCUCUUUUACAAACUUUCAUUCAAACUCAACCUUGGGAUAAUCACUAUCUUCGUGUUAAUGACGAUUAUGCGUCACAAUUUAUAAACAGAUAGUUCGUUAGUUGUCAAAACGCUACAAGAAAAAUAUAACUUAUUCGAUUCAAAAUAUUGAGGAAUAUUAUAUCACUAUAUAAAAGCACAUGAUACUCUUUAAAAGUAACAAGCAGGUUCGUUAUUAUGCUAUAGUAACGGCAUCACGAGAUGGCAUUGUUUAAGAGAAUGCCAGGUAGGGCCUUUAUGGUUAGUUUCAGAGUCACCUGUUUCGCUAAAAUUAUGUAACUUGUAAUAUGUAACUAAAAGUAUCUAAUAUACGCUAAAAGUAUGUAACUUCGGUGAAUAUGUAACUUGUGACUUGAGAAACGGGCCCCUGGUUUCAUAAUGGUAAACAAAGGUUUGGGCAGUUGCCAGUUUGUCAAUAUUCGAGUGAUGUCAUCUCAAUCGAUUAAAUCAUUUGCAUAAUUUCACAAAUGCAACAAAUAUAACUGAAAAAAUAUAGUAGGAAACCUGUGUUGUAGAAUAGUAGGAGAUAUAAGUAUAAGACUUGUAAUAAUGACUUAAUUUCAACAUCAUAUAACAUGAUGAUAUGUGUCUGAUAAUAUAACCUAAGGUAUAAAUAUAAUUAUUACAAUAAUAUGUAAGUUACCGAUAUGUUAUUAUACAAAUGCAGUGGAUCAUUUGAUAGACUGAUGUCGGCACAGUCGUGGGGUUGAAUCCCAGCAAGCACAUGCAUUUUACAUCUCAUCUGAUUUUCACUUUUAUAUGCUGGUUGGCAUCAACCAAAAAAAAA